GUGAUCAAAUGUUUUUAAAAUACUGAUUCAAUUCGAAUUUUGGUCCUGCUUAGUUUUAUUAAUAAUCAUAUAAAAAAAAAUGUGUACCAGUCGUAUUUCCAGGUCUCCACCACCUCGCUGUUUUGAAGGACUAAUCGAUCCGGAACAAAUCGAUCCAAGAUUAGCUUCUCUAACAAUUCCCCCAGGAGCUGAAAAACUGGUGCAACAAUUUACAUUAAACAACUAUCAGAGCGUUUAUCGAGUCAGCUACAGAGAUCAUUGGCCCUCCAAAGAUGACGAGCCUGAUUCCUCACUCUCGGAAAAGUCUAAAUUAUCCAAGAAAGAACAAGAGAAGGAUUUAGCAAGUGAAUUGAUAAUAUAUCUUCGCAACCUCUACUUAGAUCCACACACCGAAAAGGUCCUCGCUCCACCGAUUACCUCUAAACGAAUUUAUGGAUAUAUAAGGCCAAAAGAUUUGCAUACCACAUUCUCAGCAUAUCAAGAUUCCUAUGGCAGAACUGGAGGAAACAUCAUGUUGCAAAACAUUGAACUAAUGGCAGCUGCUAAAAAAAAAAAUCAAGCCCUAAAGCAGAGAUUAAAUUACAGAAUCUCUGAUGCAGAACCAGAAAAAGAUCCCUCCAUGCAAAUUUCCAAAAAAGGCAGAUUCAAGAUGAAUAAAGAUUUUUAUCCAAAAAAGGGAAAGAAGCAAAAUCCAAUUCUUCCACCCGUCAACUUCAACCCACCACUUAAUGUUCUCAAUGAACCGUUUAAAGAGCACAUAAACACACAACGAGUAAAUAAAAAAUUGCCAGAAAGUGAGCAAACAGAGGAUCCGCAAGAGUACCUGGAUAAGAUACAUCGGAGGUACCCUCACUUGAACAAUUUUCUUCCAAAAAUUAUACCCAACGAAGACUUACUCGAGCUGGAGCAAAGGAAAUCGAUGAUGACUCUGUAUCGAGUACACUUCUCCAAGCAUAUAGACGAUUAUCUCUCACUGCGAGCAAGACGUUUGGGUGGUGAUAGGCAACCCGUCACUUUGCCAGAAAACUGGUCAAUACCGGAAACAAUUCAAAGAAGAUCCUACAGAAAUCCUCGAGAUCUGGCACCGGAGUCACAGUUAAUCAGGACUAGAUGUCCCAAACAUUCAAACAAUUUGGAUCCUAACUUAGAAGAGAGAAGAAUUCUUCGAGUAAGAACUGGCAUUUCGGAGUAUGAAGGCACUGUAGGUGCAAUUGGGAAUCGAGUCUUGAAGGAACAACUUUUUGGACCACCGUUACCUCUCGAGCCACCGCUCUUGCAUGUCAAGAGAUCCGGAAGGACGAAAUCUGAAUGUUCGAUGAUUCUCUUAAAUACAAAACGCCCCUUCCUCUCCAAUGUCAUGUAAAAAUUGAAUAAAAGAUCGACAAAAAUUCCAUUAAUGUCUU